AUGGUAAUGAUUCAGCUACGAGCUCGCGUGGCCUUCCUUGUGCUCCCUCUGUUUGUAUUUGGGGCACCUACCGAUGAGCCUGACCCCAAAGAAGCAACAACCCUCCCAAAUGGCUGCAGACGCUGCUGCGACCCACUGGAUUCCCAUGGCUCCUCAGAGGUCACCCCCGGCCCUGCCGGACGCCAUUCGUCACUGUACCCAAUGCCGGAGGUGCGUCCAUACAUCAACAUCACCAUACUGAAGGGAGACAAAGGAGAUCGGGGGGAGCCUGGGACUCCAGGCAAAUGGGGCAAAGAGGGGCCACCAGGCGAGCGGGGCCCCCAGGGUCAGAAAGGCAGCAAGGGGCAGAUGGGUGCCCCGGGGGAUCCGUGCAAGCACCAGUAUGCCGCUUUCUCGGUGGGCCGCAAGAAGGCACUGCACAGCAGCGAGGGCUACCAGGCCCUGAUCUUCGACACUGUCUUUGUCAACCUCUAUGGCCACUUCGACAUGUUCAAGGGCAAGUUCUACUGCUACACGGCCGGCCUCUACUACUUCAGCCUAAACGUCCACACCUGGAACUUCAAGGAGACCUACAUGCACGUCAUGCACAACGACCAGGAGCAGGUCAUCCUGUACGCCCAGCCCAGCGACCGCAGUAUCAUGCAGAGCCAGAGCCUCAUGCUGGAGCUGCGGGAGAACGACGAGGUCUGGGUGCGCCUCUACAAGCGGGAGCGGGAGAACGCCAUCUACAGUGAUGAUGUGGACAUCUACAUCACCUUCAGCGGCUACUUGAUCAAGCCCAGCCUGGAAUGA